AAAGCCAACUCAUAAAAGAGAAACUUAACCUAGUUUCUAGCUGUUUAUUAUCUUGCACCACCGGCAAGGCAAUCUUCUCUUUCUUUCUUAGUACUCUCAAUGUGUCUAAAUAGUACGGAUAUUUUUUCAGCAAACUAACAAAUAUAGCACUCACUCUCCAAUGCAUUCCAACAAUACCCUUUUCAACCUUUAGAAAAAAAUAAUAUCUCUCCAGUCUCUUCUCCACACUUCUUCAUACUCAUAAUACUCAUAAUCUCUCUCUUGUACUUGUUUCAAAUCUCCAAACAUGAGUAACAAACAAGACAUGAUGAAAAUUCAGAAUUGUCUUCUCAAGGUUAAUAUCCACUGUGAAGGCUGUGAGCAGAAAGUAAAGAAACUUCUUCAGAAAAUUGAAGGGGUGUAUUCUGUGAAUAUAGAUGCGGAACAAGGGAAAGUUUUGGUGUCAGGUCAUGUAGAUCCGGCUAAGCUUAUAAAGAAGCUGAAAAGUUCAGGGAAACAUGCUGAACUAUGGGGUGGCCAGAGAAGCAUGGUGUUCAAUCAAAAUCAAAACUUUCAACAGCAACAGCCUCAGUUUAAGAACGUGCAAAUGGAGAACAACAAAGGAGGUAAGAACAAUAAGGCUCAGAAUCAGAAGGGUCAGAAAGGUGGAGGUGGUGGUGUUCAAGUUGCACAGUUUCAGAAUCCUAAAGGGGGGAAAGAUCUGAAAGGGGGGAACAAAUCUCAGAAACAUGUUAAUUUUGACUUGUCUGAGGAGGAGUUUGAUGAGAGUGAUGGUGAUUUCGACGAUGACUAUGAUGAUGAAGAUGAUUUUGAUGAUGAUGAAGAAGAUGAUUUUGGUCAUGGGCAUGGUAAUGGUCAAGCUCAUGGUAAUGGAUUUGGGCAUCCUAUGCAAAAUAACAAGAUGAUGGCUAUGAUGGGUAAUGGCCGUGGGCCACAGCUAGGGCCUGGUGGUAUGAUGAAUGGGCCUGGUGGUAUGAACAACCAUAAAGGUAAUGGUUUUGGUGGUGGGGGUGGAGGGGGAGGUGGUAAUUAUGCAUCUGCCAAAAAAGGUGAUGUUUUAGAUCUACCUAUGCAGAUGAAGAGUAAAGGUGGGAAUUACGGCGAGGUGAAAAAUGGGAAAAAAGGCGGUGGGGGUGGUGAAGAUGGUGGUAAAAAGAACAAAGAAGGUGGAAAGAAAAAAGGUGAAAGUGAUUGGGGAGAUGAAAAAAAUAGUGGCAAGAAAAAGAAUGGUAAAAGCAAAAAUAGUGGUGGUGGCUUCCUAGUUAAGUUUCUAGGCCUUGGAAAAAAGAGCAAGAAGGGAAGUGGAAGUGAAGCAACAAACAAGAACAAAAACAAUGGAGGAGGAGGUGGAAACAAAGGGAAAGAAGGUAAGAAAGGUGGAUCAAAAUUGGAUAAACUUGAUUUUGAUUUUCAAGAUUUUGAUAUCAGUACUCCUCAUGGUAAAAAUGGUAAAGGUGGAAAUGGAAAUGGAAAAGGUAAUCCUAAUCCUGCCAAGGGUAAUAAUAAUAGUCAUGGUAACAAUAAUGGAAAUAUGGGCCAAAUGGGCCAGAUGGGUCAGAUGGGAUCAAUGAAUAGGAUGGCUCCAAUGGGGCAAAUGGGUCCAAUGGACCACAUGAGGCCGGCGGUGCAAGGAUUACCGGCGGGAGCAGCGGCUGCGAUGAACGGUGGUUAUUAUCAAGGAAUGCAGCAGAUGCAGAUGCAACCGAAUCCUUAUCAGCAACAACAGCAGCAACAACAGCAAUAUAUGGCAGCUAUGAUGAUGCAGCAACAACAGCAACAACAGCAGCAACUACAGCAAGCGAAUAUGAACGGUAUGUAUCCGCCACAUAUGAUGUAUGGAGGAGGAAGGCCACAUCCAUCAAUGAACUACAUGCCACCACCACCAAUGCCAUCACACCCUAUGGCAGAUCCUAUUACUCAUGUUUUCAGUGAUGAGAACACUGAGAGUUGCAGCAUCAUGUAAAGUAGUUAGUAAUUUACUAGUGGCUAGUUUGUUUUUCAGGUUCUAUUAUUUUGUCUUUUUGGGUCCAUUAAUUUUUUGUUGCAGUGUUAGGGAAAAUGUGCAAGGUUUUAGGGAUGGAUUUAUCUGAUAUAUCAUAUGCGGUUUGUUUUA